CUCUCUCCUCGACAAGACUCAUGAGGAGCGUGCUACUCAACACUCUCAGAUCUAGCAGCAGACUACCCUCUUUCACUUCACCCCGCGCCGCACUCGCCCCACACUUCACCCGCACCAUGUCGUCAUCAGCGGCCCCCAGCCCGUCCGUCACGAGCCCGGCAGUCACCGCUUCGUCUGUCACGAGCCCUGCCGCGCCAGGAGUGCAGGAGCCCGAGAUCAUCGACGUCGAGGACUACAAGACCGACGCGCGGUGGCUCAAGCUCCAGCGCAUCAAGUGGCGCGAUCAGGAGGGCAAGGAGCGCUUCUGGGAGGUUGCGAACCGCACGACGAGGUCAAGGGGCGGCGUGGACAGCUGCCAUAUCCUUGCGCUUGUCCACCGCCUGCAGAUUGGCGUCUGCGUCGUCCUGAUUGAGCAGUACCGUCCCCCCGCCGGCGCGGUUGUUGUCGAGUUCCCCGCCGGCCUGAUCGACGAGAACGAGGCGCCGGCUACGACAGCGCUGCGCGAGCUGCACGAGGAGACGGGGUACGCCGGUCCCGGUGUGAGUGUGCGCACCGUGUCGCCAGUGCUCGUCAAGGACCCCGGCAUGACCGGUGCCAACUGCCACCUGGUCACCGUCGACGUCAAGCUGGGCCCAGACGCGCCUGACCCGGUGCCCAAGCUCGAGCCGGGCGAGCACAUCGUCACGAGGCUGGUGCCGAUCCAGCACCUUGCGAGCGUGCUGCGUGACUACGAGAAGCGCGGGUUCGCCAUCGACGCGCUCGUGUCGUCUGUCGCGCUGGGCAUCUCGCUUGGCGGUGUGAUUUGAGAGUGGGUAGAGCGGGGAAGGGGCGGGGUUGGCAUCCAAGGCCCCCUUGAGGUCCAAGAGGGCCCCCGGCCCCCACGUCCCCACGAGCUGUACACUUAUGCACCGAGAUGGAAG